CUCACUGAUAGUUCAGUUUGGAGCAGAUCAUUCACAAGCAAGAUGCAUCCAAAAAUAAUACUUCUAUUAUGUUCAGCUUUUUGGUUAAACUCAAUCAACGCCAGCUCAGUGUCGCGUUUCAAACGACAACAGUUUAGACCGCUGGAUGCUUGUACAGUUUCACAUCAGGAAAUAGAUAAACUUAUCGCAAUUACCAAAAACCUUGAUGCCGUUACUAGAGAAAUGGAUUAUUCUCUCCGAUCAGGAUUUGAUUCUUCCGAAUCGAGUGACAGGUGUACCAAGCAGCUGGCGGAAUUCAGAGGAAAUGUGCACAGUGUAAUGGUGAACUACAAAACCAUCGAUCGGCAAAAGAUGUCACAGGCCCAGUAUGAAAGAGCGAAAUCUAAGUACCAGAGCGAGAUUCAACGACUAUUGAGGAAGCUCGAUAAUUUGAAAAGAGACGUUGAAGACAGCUACAGAGGAGAGGUAGAAAAGCUGCGCAGCAAUAUCCAACAUUUCCGAGGAGAGCUGGACGAAAACUUGGCACUUUUGGAGCAGGAACGUAUGAAGAAUCGAUCCGCUUUCCUGAGACUGUGUAUCGCGAAUAUAAGAUCGGGACGAGUGAAUGAAGCGAUAAACGAUUUGCGCGACAUUGGUGAUGUACCGUAUGAUCAAAUAGUCACACAGGUUUACGAACAUCGGCUGUCAAAUGUUAAAUUGAUACUCGAUUUUCUGGAGGUUGUCGAUAUGUACUUCGAACCCGUUAAAGGGUAUGAAGUGCUCUUUAAUUUGAUGAAAGAAAACAACCAGCUAAACGGGAUGGAAGGUCAGCGAUUACUUAUACAUUUGAUGGCGCUAAGCAUGGCUGAUGAUCAGAAAAACAGCCGGAAAGCACAUGAUCUUUUGAAAGAUUUCAAAGAAAGCGUGUAGUAAAUAAAUAUUUGAAAAUGCAGGUUUCUGUUAUUUUAUUCUUAGCCUUGUCAUCUCUGAAAGUAAUAAACAACGGAAUAAAGGAAUGUACCAU